AUGUCGCGUCACAACAGUGUUGAUCUAGACUCCCCCGACAGACCCUUCGACAAUAUCAUCAAUUUCCGCGAUGUCGGCCGGGCGGUUAAUCAAUUUUGUCGCAAAGAAAUCCUAAAAGAAGGCGUUUUCUUCCGCAGCGCAAGGCUCGACGAUGCCUCAGAACGAGAUAAAAGGCGUCUCGCGGAUGAAUUACAUAUUCACACCGUUAUCGAUUUGCGCUCAACGGCAGAACACCAAACGGGCACGCGCAAACGGCGCGCAGAACUCGCAAAGGCGGAAUCGGACAUCUCAGAAUAUGAUCUCACAGCUGCACCCGUGCCUGCGAAUCCAACAGAGCAUCUUCUUCAAAUCCCUGGCUCGGAGCGUGCGCUGAUCAAUCUGAGCGGCAAGGGGUUCGAGCGCUCCCUAAUAUCGAAAUUGGACUGGUUAACGUAUGGCAAAGUAAUCGGCCUCAUGACAAUAGGCUGCCGCAACGACGCAGUCCGGCUACUUUGCCAAACAGUCAUGCAACCGCGCGGCCUGAUUGGAAUAGCAAAAGAUACGCUUGAUUUCUCCACAGCAGAGUUGCGGAAGGUGUUCGAAAUUCUCGCUAGCGAGGACUCGUACCCGACGCUUGUGCACUGCACGCAGGGCAAGGAUCGGACGGGCUUGGUCGUUUUGUUUAUAUUACUUCUUGCCGGUGAGGCGGUGCCCACCGAGGCGAUUGUGGAUGAUUAUUCGCGCUCCGAGCUAGAGCUUGUGCCUGAGUUUGAGGAGCGUAUGAAGGAGAUUAGGGCUGUUGGGCUUGAUGAGGAAUUCAUCCGCUGUCCGCCGGGCUUUGUUCCUGAUAUGACGGCGUAUUUAGAGACGAAGUACGGGGGUGUGAGGGCGUAUUUGGAGAGGAUUGGGGUUGGAAUUGAGAUGCAGGAGAGGAUUAAGGAGAAGAUUUUGGCUUAG